ACACCCCGGCCCGCUCCGCCCCGCCGGGGCCGCCAGGCGCGGGGAGGCCCGGAGCGGGGCACCGAGAGCCCCGCGGCGCGAUGCAGGACGGCUACGAGUCGGUCAUCUCCCUGGCUGAAGAGAUCGCCAUCAGCUGGCCUCAGAUAGCUGCCCUGGCUGAGCCCCCCAGGCGCCAAAGUUUGCUGCAUGAUGCAGACCUAGAGCCUCCCCAGGGGCAGCCGGAGCUGCCGCACGAUCUGGCAACAACCCCCUCGUGCCUGGGGCCGUCUUUGCCCAAUUUCCAGAAGCAGCUGAAGGCCAUCCUGCAAACCAUCGGCCGGAGCCAGGUGGAGAAGAUGCUUCAGGAGCUGAUGGAGGAGCAGAAGCAGGAAGGGAGAGUCCGGCGGUGCCGGAGGGCUGUGAAGGGCCCCAGAGGCAGAGCGGGCAGUGGGACUGAGAUGGUGACGGAAGAGAUGCGUCCUUGGGAUGGCAAUGCAGUGACAUCGGGUGCAUGGGGCAUCUUCUCAGGGGUGACUGCGGGGAGCGUCCCCCAGAGCUCGGAGCAGGACGCAGCCCAGGCACGCCAGCAAGGCCCUGAUGGGGCACCGGAGAGCCCCUCAACAGGCCCCCCCAGCACAUCGGCUUGUGGGGAAGCCGUCAGGACAGCCAGAGAUAUCCCAGCCCCCCCGAAACCUCGGUCGGAGGAGCCAGACCAAGGUCCCCGGUCUGGGUGCAAGGAGGACUGCAGUGGGCAGGGCGAUGCCCCCCCAAAAGCUGGUGGAGCGCUGGAGGAGAUGCUCCACGGUUGCGCGGACAGUGAAGAGCUCUCUGCCUCGCCACGGACCCCCCUGCUUGGUGUGGAGGCUGCCAGAUGUCUCCUGCCGUGGGCAGAGCUGGCCCUCCAGCCCUGGCCUGUGGGGAGCCCGUGCAAGUGCCCGGCUUCUGGGAGGUGUACAGGGCCGGCAUCCCCCGUCCUCCCCCAGCACAGAACCCCCUGCGAGUGCCCAGCCCACGGGCGCCGCGUCCGCCUCGGCGCGGGGCUGGCCAGGCACCAGCGUACCCCAGCGACCACCAAAGGCGUCCGGCCCCAGGGCUCCCGUGUGGCUUGCAGACGGCGCGGCAGCCGCCGGGGCCGCCCGGCCGAGGUUCCCGUGGACUGGACAAGCAGCCCAGUGGCUGUGGUUUCCCCUCUGCCGGCCGGGAGCCGCCAGUGUUACCUGUGUGCCGAGUGCGGCAAAGGCUUCACGCAGCGCUCGGCCCUCAGCAAGCACCGGCGCAUCCACUCGGGCGAGCGGCCGCACCAGUGCGGGGACUGCGGCAAGCGAUUCCUGCAGCGCUCUGACCUUACCAUCCAUCAGCGCCGGCACACGGGCGAGCGGCCCUACGGCUGCCCGGAGUGCGGGCGACGCUUUAGCGUCAGCUCCAACCUGGCCAAGCAUCGCCGAGCCCACCUGGGCCAACGUCCCUUCCCCUGCCCCAGCUGCGGCAAAGCCUUCACCCAGCGCUCCGAGCUGGUCAUCCACCAGCGCCUGCACACCGGCGAGCGGCCCUACUGCUGCCCGCUCUGCGCCAAGUGCUUCAGCCGCCGUUCACACCUCACCCGCCACCAGCGCACCCAUGGACCUCGGCCCCCUGCCGCCCCCCACCCUGACCGGGGGGCACGGCCUGGAGCUGGGGGGCACGGCCCGGGACCUCUCACAGUCCCUGUCCCCUCUGCCUCGGGUAGUCCCCCAGCCCUUGCAGCCUUGAGUGCCACCGCUCGGCCCCAGGGGCUUUCUCUGCUCCUACCUGGUCAGGUAGAGGCCACCUGAGGUGGGAUGAGGUUUGCUGCCCCUCUGGGCCUCGGCUCGGCCCCGCUCUUUUCCUUUCCCCCCAGCUCUGGCUCCGAGACCCUCAGCUGCAGCUGACCCACUCCGUUCUCUUGCUUUUUGCAUCCUUUUUUUCUCCUUUUUUCCCCUCUCCCGCCUUGCUGCUCCAUCUCCAUCACCAGAAUCUUGCGGCCACUGACCCUCUUGACGAGGCAGACGCAUUCCCCCUUCCCUCUUUGCCACCACUGCUUUUUGGCCAGGCAAGACACAAGUGCUCAGCCCCAUCCCCCAGUGACCUGCCCCAGCAAGCCCUGGGGUGGCAGGAUGCCUGCCUGUGCCCAGUUCAACCAGUCUGCCUGCCCAGGCAGGGACCAGGACGAGAGCGGAGCUCUGCCUCCUUUCUCCCAGCAAGGUGCUUGCAGAAAAUGUGUGGUGCUGUGGGGUGCUCCUGUCCCCCCCAAAGGUCUUGGGUACUGGACUGGGGCCAGACUGUGGAGCAUCCCUGCGUCUUGCUGUUUUGGGUUCAUUUUUUGGGAGCAAGAAGCGGUGGAGGAUGUGCUGUGAUGGGGAAAGUGAUGCCCAUGCCAUCCCACAGACGGGAUGCAAAGGAGACUUUUUAUCUUCUGGCAUUCAGUUAGGAGUAAUAAAGUAGAAGUUUUGCAGA